AGCUUAAUUAUCUCACAUUCUAAUCCAACUUAGAGCUAUAAAAAGUGUGGCAGAGUACUAACACACAAACCAGUCCAUGCAAACACUCCAAACAAAUCACAUGCCUUCAACUAUGUCCACCACCACCACCACAACCUUCUCUAAUAACUCCGGCCACCGCCGCAUGGGCUCGAGCGAGCUCGACGUCUUUGAAGCUUCCCGUUACUUUUCCGGUGACAUGGAUAGCCUUCCUUUAGGCUUUGGCUCAUGGAGUACCAGUACAAAGAAGAAGAAUUACAACAUCAACAAGAAGAAGAGCUUGGAAUUAAUCCCAACACAACAUCAACAACAAGAAGAAGCAUUGCUCAUUGAUCAUGAGAAGCAAAACAAGUUAGAGAAGAAGAGAGCAUCAUCAUGCAAGUCUCUAAACUCUCCUACUGCUAAACUUGCAAAUUAUCUCAACUCAUUCCUUCUCCAAAGGUCCUCAAAAAAGAAAUCCAUCAAUUCCAAGUCCAACAACAAAAGCAUGCAAUCACUUAAAAAAGUUGAUGAUCAUGAUCAUGAUCAUCAUCUUAAUCACCAUGAAAGCAUUAGCUUUAGAAGUUACAGUGACUGCAAUAAGUCAUACUCAAGCUGUGUUUUUGGAACACCAAUUAGUCAAGCACAAGCUGCAGGAGGAAUAGGAGAGAGGAGGACAACAAGGACCAUUUCCAACCACUGCAUUGAAAGGAGGAUUAAUGGUGAAUAUUAUAUAAUGAAGAAGGUUGGAGAUGAAGUAGAGGUUGAGGAUGAUGGGGAGAGUGAUUCAAGCUCUGAUUUGUUUGAGUUGAGGAACAUGGAAGACAUUGGAGAUGGUCCCAAUGACCUCCCUGUUUAUGGGACCACUUCUUUUGAGGUUGCCAUUGCUAGUGCUGUUCUUCUCUAAGAUCAUUAUUGUAAUUUGUAAACUAUUUAUUAUUUUUUGUCCUUUUCUUGAUUUUAUUGUAUGAAUUUCAUGUUCAAUAUUUGGUAUUAUAUGUAUGUUUGUGUUUAUGGAA